AUGGGGACGCAACACGUAUUUACUAUAGAUGCCAUAGGUCAGGACCAUCUGGUGCUUUCAGCUUCAUCAACAAACACUUGCAAGCGUGUGGUCAGCCACUGUACCGCUUUUGUGCAUGCACGGGUUACUGCUAAAGGACAAGUUCAUAUAGAAUAUUGUCUAUCUCAUAUUGGCCAUGAACCGGAUCCCUCUCGUUUAUGGUUGGACAAGUCUAGCGAACAGUUAAUUGUAGAACUGCUAAAGGAAGGAUUUAAUUAUGGACAAGUCAAGCAGAAGAUAAGGGAGAGGUAUAGAAAGCCAGACGGAUCAACUGGGAAGGAAAAUCGUCUUUUCUUCGUAACAGUGGGCGAUAUAAGGGCUAUCAGCCGGCGGAACAAUCUGUUCCCCGGACGACGUGAUUCAAAUGAUUUAACAUCUCUGGAGAAACGUAUACACGACAACAACGUUGGCGACGGAUUCCGGUACUACACUCCAGUUCUAAACGACACAGGCGAUGGAUUUUGUCUUGUGUUAAUAAAUGAGACACAGCGGAAGUGGCUGGCAGAGUUCUCCCACAGAGGAAUCGGUAUUGACGACACAUUCAAUGUGUCUAUGUACAAGCUGCGGCUUGCCACAAUUAUCGUUGCUGACAACUGCGACCGAGCACUGCCGGCCGCUUUCAUGCUCAGUUUUAGGUGCAGUCCAUUUGUCAUGAUGAGUGAAAAUGAGCUGGUAGCCUUGUUCGAUAAAGUCAAGGAACUGGUUCCCACAUUCGCGCCGGAGUUCUUUAUGAGCGACGACGCCGCUUCUUUCUACAACGCAUUCCGGCAGACGUCUCUACUAGGAGAAUUCAUGACGAGGAUCCGCCUGGUGAGCAGAUCGUGUAAGCCUGUGCUCUUCGCGAAAAGAUAUGGGGACACGCUGACGUUUCUGCUCAAUGAGAAGCAGCAGGAAAUGGUAGAUUAUCUCCAUCAGAACUGGACACACCGAAUAGAAGAAUGGGGCGCUCAGCACAGAAAAAGGGCCGUCAUGAACACAUCUAUGAUGUGCGAGAGGUGGCACAAGCACCUGAAAAGAGAAGUGUUUAGCUCAAAAAGCAAAAUAAGGAUAGAUGAGUUGGUCGAUGCGCUCAUAACGACUGUAAAGGAGAUGAAGGAAGAUGCCGAAGUGAUAGAGCAGCGAGGGCUCGUUGAAGGCCGGUGGCGCCUCCGAAACCAUCUUAUCAAUCACAACAAGGCAUUAAGCGAUUAUGAGAAGCUGAAAGAGUUCAUUAGCGUGGUCGAACCGGGCUUGUGGAAAAUCCGCUCUAGAAGGUCAAACAGAUUCUAUAUGGUAGAGGAGGAGCGUUGCACGUGUAAAAAGGUAGCCUACAAGAAAAUGCACUCGAUCUCAAUCCAUUGCCGUAAGCCUGGCUGCUCCGCUUGCCCGUACUCAUUUUUCUGUGAAUGCGAUGAUGACCGUAAAGCGGGCAUUUCUUGUGUGCACGUUCAUGCCGUUGUCUUAUAUGCACCACAAGGGCGACUUGCAAAUACAGAAGCUGUGGAGACUAUCGACAACAAUGUGGAUUGCUGUGAUGUUGCGCAUGCUGCUCUUGAUUUUCCUUCGUCUAGUUCUUCGCAGCUUGUUGAAGUUUCUGAUCAAAGCCGUCUCGACACAAACAAGGAGCUACUCCAGCAAAUUGAAAUGGUUUCUUGUCACAGAACCUCAAUUGUUGACAGUAUCGCUAUAAUCUUUUUGCAGGUGUAUGCUAGUAUUCAUUCGGGGCUGAGACGCAUAGCGUCGCAGCCUAUAGAGCAAGCUGAACAGUUGUUGAACGAGGCGCUUGUUUCCAUGAAGCGAACGGAUAUGAUUGUGAAAGGAGGGCUCUCCCUAAUAGCUCCUGCUGCGAAGAAAAUGCGAACAAUCGCGCUCCGUCCUGAGGUUCCGCUCAGAGGACCUGCACCUGCUGAUGCCAUGCCCAUCCGGAUGAAAACAGUGAGCUUGAAAUGA